AAAAGGUCUAGAAUGAAACAGCCAGAGCAGGGUUGGGUCUUUCUGCUUCCGUUGUUGUUGGCAUAUUUUUCUCAUGCUGAACAGCAACUGUGCACACACAUCGGAGACCCGGAGUUCCCACAACUAGUGAAGGAUGGAGACAUCAUGCUGGGGGGAGUUUUCUCUUUCCAUGUCAGCUGGAACGAAGUGGAGACUCAUUAUGAGGAAAAACCUCCACACCUACAGUGCACAAGUUUGAAUUUCAGAGAAUUCCAGAUGCUCCAAGUUAUGCUUUUCACCAUCGAGGAGAUCAAUAACAGCUCAGACCUGCUACCAGGGAUUUAUCUAGGCUGUAAGAUUUAUGACACUUGCGGCUCCAUUGCUAGAAGUAUUAAAGUGUCUCUGGCCUUGGUCAAUGGUUAUGGAAAUGUGUCUGCAACUUCCGAGGCAUGCGUAAGACCUGCGCAAGUGCAGGCUAUAAUGGGGGAAGCCUCAUCGUCUCCGAGCAUGGCUAUAGCCACCAUCAUUGGACCGUUUUCUGUCCCACUGAUAAGUCAAUUUUCCACGUGUGCUUGUCUCAGUGAUAAAUCCAAGUACCCGUCAUUUCUCAGAACAAUACCCAGCGACUACUAUCAGAGCAGAGUUCUGGCCCAGUUGGUGAAGCACUUUGGUUGGACUUGGAUCGGGGCUAUUAGAACAAACGACGACUACGGCAACAACGGCAUGGCCACGUUCACGGAGACUGCCGAGCAGCUGGGCAUCUGUCUGGAAUAUUCUCUAACUUUUUUCCGGACAGAUCCGUGGGACAAGAUACAAAAGAUAAUCGAAACGGUCAGGUCUUCCACCUCGAAGGUGAUCGUCGCUUUCAUUUCCCAAGCGGACAUGGAUGUUCUCCUAAAAGAGUUUUCUAGGGCCAACUUGACUGGCUACCAGUGGGUCGGCACCGAGGCCUGGAUUUCGGAUUUUCAGAGCGCCUCGAGAGACAAUAAGCGCAUUUUAGAUGGAGCCAUAGGUCUUUCCAUCCCCAAAGCAAACGUCAGUGGACUCAAAGAGUUCAUACUUGAUGUGAAACCACUUUAUUUAACCAGCAAUGACUUGUUUGUGGAGUUCUGGGAGGCGUUAUUUAGCUGCAAGGUCAAACAGUCAGAAGUAGGAGAAAGCCAGAGGCUCUGCACUGGCCAWGAGAAUCUGACUGGAGUGGAAAACAGCUUCACCGACAUGUCAAUGAUGCCCAUAUUUAGCAAUAUGUAUAAAGGAGUGUAUGCAGUGGCUCACRCUCUGCACAAUAUUYUAGGUUGUAAUAAAACAUGYAACWACAAGGUGCCACUGGACCCGUUAACGAUUUUACAGCAUAUAAAAGGAAUUCACUUCAAAACAAAGGAAGGAGAAGAGGUUUACUUUGAUGAGAAUGGAGACCCGGCAGCAAAAUAUGAGAUUAUAAACUGGCAGCCAAGAGAAAACGGCCCUGUGAGCUUUGUGACCGUCGGUCUUUACGACGCGUCUUUACCAGCAGAUGAGCAGAUGAAUGUGCAGCAGAAGUUUGUAGUUUUUGCUCAAAAUUCAGAGCAGGUCCCUGUUUCGGUUUGCAGUGAGUCGUGUCCCCCAGGAACACACAAGGUUCUCCAGAAAGGAAAACCUGUGUGCUGCUACGACUGUAUAAGUUGUGCAGAGGGAGAAAUAAGCAACAGCACAGGUCUGUACAUGAUGAGGUGAUGAUGAAGGACGGUCAGAAAGAGUAGGA